GCGCUGGAUGAAGGGUUGUUCCUGCAACCGGGCGAAGAGCAUGCGUUCGAGGCGGGUUGGUUUAGGUUGGUCUAUACGGUGGAGAGGAGGGUGAUGGACGAGGGACUGAGAAGUUAAGUCUGCCGAGAAGAUUGUGAGACCGUGGGUGCUAACAUCAAGUAGGCUUGAAAGGGUGAUUGGAGCCUGAUCCCAAGAAGGUGUCACAUGUCUCGAUCCGAAAACACUCAUAGCUAUGGCUUCCAACAGAGUUGACGUAGACAUAUGCAAGGGCCGUGAUGGAUUUCGCCUGUGCUGGUGCGGGAGUACACCGAGUCUUUCCACGUGGUGCUAAAGACGUCCAUCGGGUAAUCUUUCCAAAGUCGCUAGCGAUUAUGUCGAGGACAUUGCACAGAGACAUAUACAACCUGAAAGUUUUGGGAUUUCAAAUAGAGAACGUUAAACCACUUGAUCCGGACCCUUUGACAGCACCACGCUACCCAUGUAUCUACUGGAUUGAUCACUUGUGCGAGUCAGAACCUAGGUUUUGGGUAGAUAGUGUUGGCGACCAGCACGCUAAAGAAGAUGUUGAUGAGUUUUUAAGAGAACAAUAUCUUUACCGGCUGGAAGGGCUUAGUCUGUGCAAUAGCUUAGAGAAGGGCGUUGUUUCAAUGACAAAAUUUUGGUCUCUAGUGCAGGUAGGUAGUACAGAAUCUACAUAUCUGUGUAGUAUAACUUAUUCGCUAACAUAACUAGGGGCUACGGGACGAAGAUAAACUUUCGCCACUCGUUCAAGAUGCACAGAGAUUCAUUAUGUAUCACAAAGGGGUUAUCGAGGGGCAUCCACUACAGACAUAUGCAUCUGCGUUAUUGUUCAGUCCUACAGGUAGUCUGAUCAGACGAAUAUUUCAGCACGAAGAGCCUAAGCAAAUCACUAUUAAGCCAGCGUUAAGCGACAAUUGGAGUGCGUGCCUGCAGAUCCUCGAGGGCCAUAGCAGUUCUGUCAACUCAGUGGUCUUCUCGCCCGACUUGGCGAGGCUGGCGUCGGUGUCGUACAACAGGACCGUCAAGAUCUGGGAUGCGAGCAGCGGCGCGUGCUUGCAGACCCUCGAUAUCGGCAAGGUUCUUCUAAACUUAUCGUUUGACUCUACUGGCUCUUUUCUUUAUACUGCAAUAGGCACUAUCGACCUUCAAAGUGCAGAAUCGUCUGAUG